AUGGAAGUCCUUCAACCGGCUACUCGUCCAAACUACUGUCGCCUAGGAACACAAAUUCCUCUCUUCGGCAACUUUUUCAAAUUCAAUCUAGCUUCAGGCACUGACAUAAUACAAAAAUACGCGGUCUUUUUCAACCCAGACAUCGCCGCAUCGCUUGGCAAGCAUCGUGAAAAAGUUUUACGUAAGGCAAGUUCUCAAAUUGUCCCAGUCAUUGGAAAGUAUGUGUUUGCAAAUACAGCUAUCUAUGCAGCUCAGUCCAACUCAGGAGGAGGGGAUGCAAGCCAAACUUACACUGUUAACUAUGAUAACACAGAUUAUAUAGAUUUAUAUUGAAUAGAUCUCUUGACCUGCUAAUAUAUUUUAAUUAAAUAAAUGAAUUUACUGACAUUAUAUCAGUAUACACCAUUACUCUUCAACCUGUAGGACGGGUUGAAAGUCAAGAAGAAACGAGACAUUUCUAUAACAAAUUUUUUAACUCUGUACAAGGAAAGCUCAGCUUAGUCAUGAUAGGGAGGAAGUUUUAUAACCCUGAUAGGGCUAUUGACUUGCCUCAACAUAAAAUGAGCAUUUGGCCUGGAUACGCUUCUUCUGUAGGAGGCUAUGAAGGCGGAGUAAUGAUAAACAUUGAUAUAUCGCACAGGUGCUUAAGGACUAUUACUCUCUACGAUCAAAUUAUGGAGCUUAAAAACAAGCCAAACACUGAUUUUAGACAAGCUGUUAUGAAGCUACUGAUUGGGUCUAUUGUAUUGACACUUUAUAAUAAGAAAAAUUACAGAGUUGAUGAUAUUGAUUGGGACUCAAGCCCACUUAGCUCAUUUGCUGAUAGAACCGGCGGACAAUGUACCUAUAAAGACUAUUAUGAAAGAAGAUGGCAAAAGCCAAUUCAACAUGACGACCAGCCACUCCUCCUGUCAAAAACCAAAACUGUGGACUGCUACUUGAUUCCUGAAUUCUGUGUCAUGACAGGGCUCACUGAUGAAAUCAGAGCUGACUUCAACAUCAUGAAAGACAUGGCCAACGCAACCAAAAAAGAACCCCAAAGCAGGCUUCAAGAGUCAGGCGGCCUUAUAAAAGCGCUCAAAGACAAUCCAAGAACUAAUGCCGAAAUCAAUGAAUGGAGGGUCAACAUCACCCCGGACCCAGCUGCCUUUGAUGGCUUUGUGCUGCCUGCUGGGAGCAUCAUGAUGGGUGGCGGGAAUUCAUUCAAAAUAAAUGAACAGAACGGAAGCUUUGACCGUGAAGUCCAAAACACAAUGUUCCAGCAGCCUCCAUUGGACCGCUGGGGUAUUUUUUACUGCGAAAAUGAUAAAAGACUAAUUGAUCAGUUCAUGACUGUUCUACAACAAGUUAUUGGGACUUAUAAAGUCAACUGUCAAAAGCCUAUGAUGUUUGGAGUGAAAACUGAUAGAUGGAAUGAUUGGGAUCAAAAGCUUAAAGAAUGCUUAAACCCACAAGUGCAGAUGAUUGUGUGCAUAUUGCCAGGGGCAAGAGGCAAGUCAAGGCUUUAUGAUGAUCUUAAAAGACUUACGUUUUCACAGCUUCCUGUCCCGAGCCAGUGCAUUUUAAACGCUACUUUGAAAAAAGAUAAGGGUCUAAGAUCUGUUGUUAACAAAGUAAUGAUGCAAAUAAACGCCAAAGCUGGAGGAAUUCCAUGGGCAAUGCAAGGAUUACCUUUAACAGACCAACCUACUAUGAUAGUUGGAAUCGAUAUAUUCUCCAAAAGAAAUUCCCAUAGUGUUCUUGGCUUUUGUGCAACUACAGACAGCAACUUUGGCAGAUACGUGUCUUGUCCUAAAGUAAAUAACCCCGGUGAAGACCCCACAACCAAAAUUGCUGAAUGCACUUAUCAAGCUUUAUCCCAAUUCAAAGCAGAAAACGGAAUCUUCCCCAAAAGAAUUUGUGUAUUUCGAGACGGAGUAUCCGAUUCUCAAAUAAAAGUCCUCUUAAACGGUGAAAUCCCUCAAAUGAAGCAAGCUUUCAAAAGGCUCCAAGACGAAAACGUAAUGCAAGAAGAGCCAAAACUCAUAUUUGUAGUGGUAAAUAAACGCAUUAAUGCAAGAUUUUACCAUAAUCAAGGAGGCAGGGUCAAUAACCCACCACUUGGGACAUGCAUUGAUAGAUUGGUAGUUGAUAAAGCUGGCUACGAUUUCUAUAUCAUGCCAGCUAAAGCUACACAAGGUGCAAUGACCCCAACUUACUUCACUGUUGUUUAUGACAACUCUGGAGCAAGAGCUGAAGAAGUAGAGCAACUGGCCUAUAGAUUAUGCUACUCGUAUUAUAACUGGAGUGGAUCUAUCAGAGUUCCAGCUCCUUGCCAGUAUGCACACAAGCUUGCAUAUCAGUAUGGAGAAAGAGCAAACCAGCAGGGACCUCCAAUUCCUCAUCAGCAUUGGCAAAAUACAAGGUCACUAUACUUCUUAUAUGCUUUAUUCAUCAAAUUACCAUCAAAAGCUAAAAAUGAAAAAAAUCCUAUUUAUUAAGAAAAUAUUUUUUUGUUCUUAUAUGAGCAUUUUACAUCAUAUUUAUUAUGGAUAAUUAUGCUAUUUUAUUAUAGCUUUCAUAAUAGUACUAUUUACCUUAUAUCCUUUUUUCUCUUAAAUAUAGGAUUGGCUUCAUAUCUGUAUCAUGAAUAUUAUAUAUAUAUUUAAAAA